CACGCGUCAGAAUGCAUUUCCAAUUUUUUCCUUUCUACAUAACGGUUUUAAUUUACGCUUUGUUCUCUGAAAUUUGUGGAGCCAAUACAAAUGAGUUUGAUAAUGCAUUAAUUGUUGAUUUACCUAAUGGCAGAAUACGUGGCCGAGACAACGAUUACUUUUACAGUUAUGAAUCGAUUCCAUAUGCAGAACCACCACUUGGCCCACUGCGAUUCGAAUCACCACGACCAUACUCGGGAAAUUGGUCAGACACGUUCGAUGCGACACGUGAACCCAUCGAGUGCAUGCAAUGGGAUCAGUACAAAGCUGGCGUAGAUAAGCUUCAUGGCAUUGAGGAUUGUCUCACUGUGAAUGUUUACAAACCAAAGUUGUUGGUCGAGGUUGGCCGCACACAAGCUGCUCUUCCAGUCCUUGUGCUUAUACACGGUGGCGCUUUUAUGUUUGGUUCAGUGCGCGCAAAUGGUCAUGAGCAUUUUAUGCGUAACGGUCGCGUAAUUGUGGUUAAAAUGGGUUAUCGUCUUGGUCCGCUUGGGUUUCUCAGCACGGAAGACUCCGUUAUUUCGGGUAAUUUUGGCAUGAAAGACCAACGUUUGGCGCUGCAGUGGAUUAAGGCGAAUAUUGCUUGCUUUGGUGGUGAUCCAGAGCGCAUUAUGUUAUUGGGUUUCUCUUCAGGCGGUGUGGCUGUGCAUUUGCAUAUUUUGGCUAAUCGCAAUCUAACAGAAUAUGCGCGCGUGGCUGCCUCUUUUAGUGGUGUUGCAUUUAAUCCGUGGGCGAUUAGCCAUAAGACUCGCGAACGUGCAUUUGAAUUGGCCAAAAAUCUCGAUUGUCCAGAUGUAAGUAGUUCACAAUCAAUUAAAGAAUGUUUACAACGUAAGCCAGCAACGGCGAUUGUGCGUGGCGUCAAACAAUUUUUGGUCUUCGGCUAUAAUCCGUUUACCACAUUUGGGCCAAGCAUAGAAGACGGAGCAGUCAAGGAUGCGUUUCUAACGCGUUUCCCGCGGGAUAUAGUUGAAUCGGGCGAUUUCGCACAACUACCUUGGUUGGUGUCCUAUGCAGCACAGGAUGGUGGUUACAAUGCUGCUGAGUUGUUAAAACGCUCACCGCGUAGGGAGGAGCUGAUCGAAGUUUUUAACGACCGUUGGUAUGACUUGGCGCCAUACAAUUUAUUUUAUAAGGACACUAUGAAGAGUGUAGAGCAAAUGGAUGACUAUUCUGUUGCGUUAAAACGUCGCUAUUUAGGUGAUAAAGAAUUCUCCAUUGACACGUACUCACAUGUGCAGCGUAUGUAUACGGACGUGCUCUUCAGAAACGGAGUGGAGCAAGCAAUACGCUUGCAGCGCGCACGCGGACGUAGUCCCAUCUACGCUUAUGUGUACGACAACCCUGCUGAUGAGGGCAUCGGACAGGCGUUAUCACAUCGUAGGGACGUAAAAAUGGGUACGGUUCAUGGAGACGACUUUUUUCUGAUGUUUAGUAAUGCGGGCAGAUCGAAAAUUCGAGCUGAUGAGAAACUAAUUUCACAAAAAUUCGUAACAAUGUUGGACAAUUUCGCCUCGAAGAGUGAUGAGCUAAUGUUUGGCGAUUGCAAGUUCGUUGAUAAUGUGAAAAAGGACGAGAUUCAGCUAAUGUUCAUUACUAAAAACGCCUGUGAAAACAAAGAGGUUUCAACACUACCAUCGUUUUAAAAAAGCUGAUGAUAAAUAUAUGUAGAUAUGAAUAUGUACAAGUAAUUUUUAAGCAAAAAACAAAACCUGCUUCCAUUCUCAUAUAAGAAUUUUAGAUUAUAGUUGAUUUCUUCGUGAUCCAAUGAUCGGAUCUAAACCCUAACACCUUUCCUUAAAAAAAAAAAGACACAAUCAUAUAAAUCGGUUAAUGUGAUCCAAGGUUAUGCAAUAACAUACAUAAGAAAAAUAUAUAUUUCGAAGAAUUGAUAACCUCCUGCUU